UUUCUCUUCAUCGUCUGCAAAUCCUUUGUUUCUCCAUAUAGCGCUGAAAUUGAGGUGGGAGGUUAUAUAAAUCAUAGAGAAGAAAGAACUUGGUGGGGAAAAUGAUGCACAGGUGCUGUAACUCUCAGGGAAACAUCGUGGGACCGUGUUCAUGUGGUUUGUUUCAUAGCCAAAACAACUCCUCCGUGCUUUUUCCCAUGCCCAGUCACAAAUCUUACGACGAAACGGAUAUGUACAACUCUUUCACGUCCUAUUCGUCUUCUUCCGUUGAUUGCACUCUCUCCUUGGGAACCCCUUCCACUCGUCUAUGUGAAGAUGACGAUAGGCGUUCACGCCAUGACCGCCGCGCCGGUAAUUCUUGCACGUCUAACUUCUGCUGGGACUUGUUGCAAAACAAGAACACGCAUGGUUGUUCGCAGCAAACGACGAAAGCUAGCCGUGGAAGCAAUGGAAACAGCGGUAGCAGCUCCGGUAAUGAUCCUCUCCUUGCUCGUCGUUGUGCUAACUGUGACACAACUUCUACACCGCUUUGGAGGAAUGGUCCAAGAGGUCCAAAGUCACUUUGCAAUGCCUGUGGAAUUCGAUUCAAAAAGGAAGAAAGGAGAGCAUCAGCAGCAAAUGCAAACGCUUCAAUGGCGGAGCAGCAAUAUCACGGGUACAACAACAACAGCAGCAACAAUUCAUGGGCUUCAAUGCACUGUUUCUCAUCGCCCGUCGAUGAAAUCAAGUUCAUCGAAGAUGGCGAUCCCUAUCUUUCUUGGAGACUCAACGUCACUGAUAUGCCAACAAGACUUGUUCAUGACUUUACAAGAUGAAAAAGAAGAACAAGAAAGAAAAGAAACCCACCAUGCCAUUGACGGUCAAGAUCAUGCAGCAAUCGCUGAAACGUAUUACAAUGAUGAUGGAGAUUUUGUUUUACCACGUUGAUAGUGAUAUGGUCUUCGUUUCGUCUAGUCAAAAUUCCUUCUCCUUUUUCUUUUGUUUAGUUUCUUUGCCUCGUUUGUCUUCCAUAGAUGGAGUAAGAACGGGACAAUUCUAUGUUCUUAGGUGCUUUUUUUUAAGUCUUCUUUAACUUUAAUUUCUUCCCGUUUCAGUUUUCUAUAAAAACCUUUCUGUUUGAAGAGACUUUCACUUUUCCCCUACUUCCCCCAAGUUCUAUCAAAUAUAAUGA